UGAGCUGGGAGAUGCAGUCAGAGGUGAGUCCGCCUCCCAGCGUUCUGCUGGUGGAGGCAUUUUACGGCGGCUCGCACAAACAGCUCAUUGACCUGCUCAAGGAAAACAUCGACGGCUGCUCCGUCUUCACGCUGCCCGCCAAGAAAUGGCACUGGAGGGCGAGAACAGCAGCGCUGUACUUCAGCCAGACCAUUCCUGCCUGUCCGUCAUACAGAGUCCUCUUCAGCAGCUCGGUCCUGAACCUGUGUGAGCUGGUGGCUCUCAGACCGGAUCUGGCCCAUCUCAAGAAGGUGCUGUACUUCCACGAGAACCAGCUGGUUUAUCCGGUCCGCAAGGACCAGGACAGGGACUUCCAGUAUGGAUACAACCAGGUGCUCUCAUGCCUGGUGUCAGAUGUGGUGGUUUUCAACUCCUCCUUUAACAUGGACUCCUUCCUGUCAUCCAUCCCUUCCUUCAUGAAGAAGAUCCCAGACCACCGACCCAAAGACCUGGACCGGCUCAUCAGACCCAAAUGUGUGGUCCUGAGCUAUCCGGUCCAGUUUCCUGAUGUCAGCAGGUUCUUGCCCAAACACAAACGCGUGCAGUGUACUGCUGAGCAGUCUCAUGUUGAUGACAUCACCACACUGCAGGGUGAACAGCAGCAGUUUAGAGCUGACGAGGAGGAGACGCCACGGUGUGAUCCUGGUGGGUGUGCGGCCCGCGCGUCUCAGAGCGAGGGCGGCGCUGCAGACGCGGUGAAGCCGCUGCACAUCGUGUGGCCUCACAGGUGGGAACACGAUAAAAACCCCGAGCUGUUCUUCAAAACUCUGCUCAGACUUAAGGAACGCGGACUCGACUUCCACCUGUCGGUACUCGGAGAGACCUUCACUGACGUGCCCGAGGUCUUCGCCUCCUCCAGACUCCUCCUGGACUCCCACAUCCUGAACUGGGGUUUCCUACCCUCUAAGGAGGACUACCUCAGGGUUCUGUGCGAGGCAGACGUUGUCGUCUCCACCGCCAACCACGAGUUCUUCGGUGUCGCCAUGUUGGAAGCUGUGCACUGUGGCUGUUUCCCUCUGUGUCCGAAGUCACUCGUUUACCCGGAGAUAUUUCCAGCACAGUACCUGUACUCCACACCUGAGCAGCUCUGUAAGCUACUGCAGGGACUUUGCAGGAGGCCCGACGUUGCUCGCAGACACAUCAUCAAGGUGGACACCUCAUCCUACUCCUGGGCCGCCCUGAAGCCGCGCUUUCAGGAUCUGCUAUUGGAUGAGUGUCCUUGAACACACCGCAGCCGCCAUUUGUCUCUAAGCUGCCGUCCCCGUUUGAACCGCGACGCCGCCGGGCUCAGAAUCAGAGCCGGUUUGAGCCUGAGAGUCCGGACCUGUUCUGGUCUCCUCAGACUGGGUUCUUGGAGGAGGAUCCACAAAGAUCUCAGGAGGACUGAUGAGCAUGAUCCAGGUCCAGAUCCCAAACCGGGUCCAGUUUCCUGUAGACAUUUGUGGUCCUGGUGACACUACUGGACUGAAAGGGUUCAUUUCACCGCAAAAUGUUUUAAUAAAAU